UUUGGAUUUCGUGGCACUUUAAAUUGGAAGGCACUUCACAGCUUGUUUAUCGGAACGUUGCUACAAACGACGUUGUUUUCAGAUAAACACGUGACUGUCUAUCUAUCAACCCAACCAAACUCCGAGCUUAUGGCAGACCUCCAGACCAAGGCUGAACCCGGUUCGCUUCCAGCUCCGCCACCGCUGCUUGACGCCGCUGAGAAAAAAGUGGUGGCGGCGCCACCACCGCCUGCUCCGGCAGCGGCAGAGGAAUCCAAAGCUCUUGCUGUUGUGGAGAGUGAGAAGAUACCAGAUCCUGUAAAAAAGAAGGCCACAGGUGGAUCCCUUGAUAGAGAUAUUGCUCUUGCUGAAAUAGAGAAAGAGAAAAGGUUGUCUAAUGUGAAGGCAUGGGAAGAAAGUGAAAAAUCCAAAGCUGAGAAUAAAGCCCAAAAGCAGCUCUCUGCUGUUGGUGCUUGGGAAAACAGCAAGAAAGCAGCUCUUGAAGCUCAGCUGAGAAAAAUUGAGGAACAACUAGAGAAAAAGAAAGCUGAAUAUGGUGAAAAAAUGAAGAACAAAAUAGCCUUAGUUCACAAGCAAGCAGAGGAGAAGAGAGCAAUGGUUGAAGCCAAGCGUGGUGAAGAAAUUCUCAAGGCAGAGGAAACGGCUGCAAAAUACCGUGCAACUGGAACCACUCCAAAGAAGGCCUUUGGAUGCUUUUAAUUUUCAUUAUUAUUUUUAUGCUUUUGUGUCUCAUUUCAUAGCAGUAAUUAAAUUUUGUCUAUAUAUUUUUUUUCUUGUCUGUUUUAAAAUGUUGUUUAUGUGUGUACCAAAUGGAAAGGGGAACAUUAUUAUCAAGUUUGUCACAUACAGGAAAGCCUCUAGAUCUUUUUGCUACGAUCAAGUUUUCCUUGUUUUUUCAUUUA